AUGGGCACGCGGGUUUCGCUCCAAGAGGUCUCACAGGACUGGGACUCCAGAUUCAUCAGGCCACAUGGGCUUAGCACCUUACAGCCGGCGAUGGCCAGCCCACGCGAGGCUAUCGAAGAGUUUCUCUGGGUUCCCACCGCUUUCACGGCGCAAAGUAGUGUGGCGUCGGUGAAUCGCUCUGCCGCCCGCGGUCUGGAGGCGAUCCAGCACGCAAAGGAGGUCAUUCCUGGCCAACGGAAAGAGUUGAACGAAGUGAUGAAUGCCAGGAUGGCCGAGCUGGCACCCCUGUGCUCCAAAUACAUGUUCAGACGUGCCGAGCUGCAGGGCUUGAGCGCCGCGCAGUGCUUGGCCGCACAGGGCCGCUUGAACGCGGAGCAGCUGACUGACGAUGGGGGCCCUCCUGGAUGUGUGGAUCUACGUCAGACUAAAAGUCAAGGUGACCCGCGCCUGCCGGGCAAGACCUGUACCUGGGGCUACGGCAAGCAUAAGUUGAAGUGCUCGGCUAGGUUGGACUACUUGCGCGAUCGCGAGGCGGUGCCGGGAUCAGAUCCAGAUGGAGAAGCUUUGUCCAUGGACGACUGGGUUCGACGCUGGUGCCAUCCCAAGUUCAGUGUCCCUGCCAGAGCCUUAAACGCUGAUCUGGCAGCCGGGCAGCACGUGAGCAACGAGGAGGCUGAGUUGGAGGCCGAAGCUCUGAAACCGGCGGGGGACAAUCCAGACAAGGCACUGCUUUUCGUUGAACACAUGCUGAUACCUCCAGAGAGAGAGGAUGGCUUUGUGUGGUUGGGCGCUUCCAGGCUGCUGAGCUCGCAGUGGAGAAGUGACGCUUUCAGACCGGUGGAGAAGACCAGCGUGGGGCUGGACCAGGCUGGGGCCACCGACCUUCGGUGGUUCAUUUCCGCCGAAGGCUGGUGCUCCCUGGUGAAGACGGCGGAGCUCCGGGGCUUAGAGCUGGUGCCCGCUAGAGUCUUUUGGCCUGCGGUCUUCUGCAAGGCCAAGCGGAAAGAUGCUGGAUUACUGUUUGGCAGCGAGCGGUGGAACUGUGAGAGGCCUUUUUCUGAAAGUCUCCUGGGCGUGGCUGGCAGCUGGCUUUGGGUCCCGGCUGGACUGAUCCCACCCUUUUGCCGUGCGCUCUGUCAACCCUGGGUUUGCGCGAUCGUGCAGUCGGACCAGUCGACGAUCCUCUGA